AUGAGGUUAAGCCAUGUUAACCAUUUCCUUAUAAAUCUGCCUUUAGAUAAUAUCUAUGCGUACGCUCUGUCCAAGACACUGACGAGGGUCUCAUCUCCGACAACAGUGGGUCUCUACUCUUCUUGUCAGGAUCGACUGGAUGUGAUUCUCGAUCAAAUUGAAGUGUACACAAAUCGUGAGUGUUUAAGGAUUGAGCAGAAAUACAAGAACGGACAGAAAUCCAAGCCUUCAUUCCUGGCCCUCAUGUGGAGGCUGCUCUUCUGCACACCGGUCUGGACCCCGGAGAACCAGAACCACCAUAACGUCAGGUUCAUUUAUGUGAACUUCAGUGCUUGGCAUUUUGCAGGCAGUGACUUGCUAUGGGCUGGGAUAGCCAUGCGCUUGUUUCAUGCCAUGCAGAUGAGUUUUGGGAAACUGCAGCUUGCUCUUUACCGUGUUGCUCAGUACGAUGAAGAGGACGAAUUAAAGGAAAAGGAGGUAAAAGAUGGCCCCAACAACUGGGUUUCCAAGAAGGUGUGCUGCUGCCCUCUGUGGUUUUUCAUCCUAUCCAUCCUCAUUGUCCCAACAGUCCUCCUUGUCGUCUUGUUUGUUUGGGGUCUUCCUAAAGCUGAAGUAAAACCAGAUGAGCAAGAGACCAAAGCGGACGGUGCGGUGGGUGUACUGGAGGGCUUCGUCAUUGCCUCAUUAGGAGUCCCAGCAGCGAGUGCUCUGAGGUUCAUCUUUCUGAUGGCCAAGAACCUCAUCUUCAGCCAGGAUCAGAACAUUAAGAGGGGAAUGGACAAUGAUCGGAUCAGCAGCCAACUGGGAUUCAUGAAUGAAGUCAGGAAGGAAAUUUGGUUUCUGACUCAAUUCAUUAAAUUCAUGGAGGUGUUUGAAAGGAAAAGGAUACGCAUCGUGUUGAAAAUUACUAACCUGGACCGUUGCUCCCCCAAGAAGAUUGUUGCAGUCCUGGAGGCCAUCAAUAUUUUACUUUCAGAUGAGGAGAGCCCAGUUCUUUCCAUCCUGGCUGUGAAUCCAAAUGUUCUGUUAGAAAAAGUACAAUUUGCAGAAAGCUGCUUCUGCAAAGAGGACAGAGCUCAUGCUCUCCUGAACCGCAUCGUCACCCUGGCCUUCACAGUCCCACCAAUGUGUGAAAAAGCAAAGCGCAGCUUAUUUUACAACCUUACCAACAGUUCGGGAAUCUCCAGAGAUCCUCCCUUAGGUAAGAGCACACACAGGAGAAAGACAUCUUCAAUAGAUCUGCAAAUGGUGGAGAUUGAGGAACCAAAGGAGUCAAAUCCACUGAUCAACUCAAACACAGAGAUCCUGGAUGUGCAGGAAGACGAAUUGGAGAAAACAGUUUGGAAAAUCCUGAACAAUGGGGAAAAAAAGCUCAACAAGUACAUGUUAGAUGAUGCCAUUUCGAUGAAGAGGAUGAUCAACUCGGUCUGGGUAACUUUGAUCAUCAUGAAGGUCUUGAAAACUGAGCUUCCUGAUCCGGAACAUACAGCAGCGUGGGUGGUCCUAGCCAACCAGUGGCCAUGUCGAUUCAGCUGGAUCAUCCAGUGUGUGGAGGAUGAAAAGCAGAGAGCAGCUAUUGAUCAACGGAACACAAGCCCUGACGGUUCAAAGACCCUGUGGGAGGUCUUCAGCAGGUCCAGAGAGGAGCUAUACGUGAUGCGGGCACAUAUCGAGGACCUCCUGGAGCAGGACGGGGACCCCGAGGUGUUCGAAGCUUUACUCAAGGAUGAUGAGUUCGAGUUCACCCUAAAGAACCUAGAAAUCUUUCAGAUGGCAAUGGUGAAUCUGGAUCAGUCAAUCAAGAGGGAGCUGGCUCUUAUCAGAGGGACAUCCAGGCUGGAGGAUUCUGGCUGGAUGAGGAACAUAGCUCCACUUCCGAUCACAACUCUCCUCAAAAUGACCACUGAUGAUAUUUGUAAAGAGAUGGAAAGAAUGGAUUUGGAGAGAAAGUACAUCGAUGCAGUAAAAGACAAUAAACUCGAUGGCUCUUCUCUGGUCUUUGGUGAUGUAGAGGAUCUGAAAGCCCUCCUGGGCAUGACAUUUGGGGAAUGGGCAUCUUUUAAACUGCACUUUCUGAGUUUUGUCUCACCUUUCCGGUCACAGUCCAGGAUCAUGCUGCCAUUAACUUCUAAGAACCAGCCAUCGAAGUUCCUUCAACACGCCGCUCAUUAUUACUCAUCUACUCCCAGUCUGUGUUAACAGCUGCAUGUCGGGUAGAAAUUAAGAAGUUCAAAGCUGUUGUUCUGCUGUUUGAGGUAAAAAUAUUCUUUGAAAUUUUGGCUGGUUUUGUAUGACUUUAAUAAGCAGGUAGCACUGUGAUAUUUAGUUGUUGAAAUGUCAUGUUUUCAUUACAUCUCAGACGUAUGGCCCUGGUUUCAAGGAAAUGAACUAACAA